UUGAAUUUGCUCUGCGGGUUGAUCGGUUAGUCGGGACGUUUAGUUCGUUACGGUGUAGAGGCGCAGGACGGACAUGAGGGAAAGAUGACCGAGGAGUCUGCGGUUAAAGUGUGCGUUAGGGUGCGACCCCUUAUUAAACGCGAGGAGGCGGAGAAUGCGGAGCCUGUGCAGCUGUACUGGAAGGCUGAUAAACAGGCCAUACAUCAGCUUGACGAUGACUGCAACAUGACCAAAAGUUUCAGCUUUGACAGGGUUUUUAGUGCGGAAGAAUCCACCAAUCAGCUCUAUCAUGACAUCGCCAAACCCCUGGUGGUGUCCACUGUGGAGGGAUACAACGGAACUAUAUUUGCGUAUGGACAGACCUCCUCUGGGAAGACCUUCACCAUGAUGGGCAGCGAGCACAGCCCUGGCGUCAUCCCCCUUGCCAUGUCGGACGUUUUCCAUACCAUCAAAAACUGUCCGAAGAAAGAGUUUCUCCUGCGCGUGAGUUACAUGGAAAUUUACAACGAGACGGUUACCGACCUCCUGUGCGAGAGCUGGAAAAGGAAACCGCUGGAAAUCCGCGAAGGCAACUACAAAAACGUCUACGUGGCUGAUUUGACGGAAGAGCUGGUGACUUCUCCGGAGCAAGCGCUGGCCUGGAUCAGGAAGGGAGAAAAAAACCGACAUUAUGGGAAGACUAAGAUGAACCAGAGGAGCAGUCGCUCUCACACCAUUUUCCGCAUGAUCUUGGAGAGCAGAGAGAGAAGCGACCCGGCGUCCGGUGAAAACGCAGACGGUGCCAUCAUAGUGUCCCAUUUGAACUUGGUGGAUCUCGCUGGGGCCGAGCGAGCGAGUCAGACCGGAGCCGAGGGGACCCGUUUAAAAGAGGGAUGUAAUAUCAAUCGGAGUCUCUUCACCUUGGGGCAGGUCAUCAAGAAACUGUCUGAUGAGAGCCAGAAGGGUUUCACAAACUACAGAGACAGCAAGCUAACCCGGAUCCUCCAGAACUCCCUGGGAGGCAACGCCAAAACUGUCAUCAUCUGCACCAUCACUCCGGCUACUGUAGACGAGACAGUGAGCACCUUACAGUUUGCCAGCGCCGCCAAACGCAUGAAGAACGAUCCGCAUGUCACCGAGGUCUCGGACGACGGCGCUCUUUUGAGAAGAUAUCGCAACGAGAUCGUGGAUCUCAAACGUCGUCUUCAAGAGGUCUCUUCAGUCAGCCAGACAACCGUGACUGAGAAGGAGACUCUGUGCCAGCUCCUCCAAGAGAAGGACCAGCUCCAGAGAGAGCAAGCGGACCGGAUAAGGAACCUCACCAAGCUUUUGGUGACGGCCUCCAACGCCUUCCCGGCCCCUAAGAUUCCCAAGAGGAGAGUGACCUGGGGCGGGAAGCUCUUACGGUCGGCUCAGUCGGUCAGCGACGAUUUCGUAGCCGCGGAAAUGAGCUACGUCGAGCCCUUGUUCAAAAAGAGGAAAGCUGAUCUUACUGUGACCGAGGAGACGGAAGACAUGGAGGAGUUUGACGCACCGUGCUUUUACUCCCCUGGUGCGGACAUGUCUAUAGACCUGGAGAUGACCCAGAGCAACGUUACCAUGCGCAGCUCGGAUGGAGUCGAAUUUUUGGAGCGUCGUUUGGAGAGUGAAACUCAGGAGAAGCAAAAGGCCGAAGAGAGGAGUGCAAUGUUGGAGCAGAGGACACAAGAGCUCGAGAAACAGUUACAGACGUUGGAGGAGAAGCUGGAGACGGAGGUACAGGAGAAACAAAGAGCUGAGCAGAAGUGCUCCACGCUAGAGAUGAAGGUCGGAGAACUGGAAAAGCCUUCUGAGCCGGAGAAGGAUGACAGCGCCCGUGAGCAGUUCUUUGCGGAGGCAAUGCAGCUCUGUGACACUCUGAGCUCUGAGAGGGAAGCAAUUGCUGCAGAGCGGGACAUGCUAAAGCAAAACCUUGAGCUCCUGAUGCAAGACAUGGAGAGACUCAAGCAGGACAAUGAGACACUGGUGAAGGACAAAAACACUCUUCUGAGAGACGUCGAAGAUCGGAAGGACGCGGAAGAGUUUGAAAAACUUGAAGCUGAGAGCAAGAAAGACUAUGAGCGGGAGCUGGAGGGUGAAAUUUCCACGCUGAAAAAGGCUUUAACAGAUUCAGAAGAUCUGAUCCAGAAGUUGAAGUCUGAUCUGGAGGCGAUGUCCGGGGAGCUGACGAAGAAGAACGACCUGGUGGCUGACCUGCAAAGUUUGAACGGUAAGGACCUCGUUCAGGAGGUAACGCGGUUACGCCGCUCGUUAGACGACGCAGAAGGGCUCAGUUUGGAAACCAAAAAGGAGUGGGCUUUCCUACGUAGCGAGAACCUCUCCCUUAAAGAGCGAGACGAAACUUUGACUGUUCAGUACACUCAAAUGGAGACCGAGGUCAAAUCCCUGCAGAGCCAACUUGAGAGAGAGAAAUCCCGUUUCAAGGAAAUGCAGACGGACCUCCAAAAGGAGCUGUUUGGGGCUUUCGAUGAGAACACCAAGCUCACCGCUCUUCUGGAUGGAAAAGUUCCUAAAAACUUACUGGAUAACCUGACGCUGGAGAAAACAGUUGCUGAAUUAAAGAAGGAGCUUGAGAAGAGUCAGAAGAGUAAAGGCGCUCUGAAAGACAAAGUAGAGGAGUUAAAGAAUCUGGAAGAGCUUCCAGCUAAAGUGGACGAUUUGCUGAGACAGGUAAAUGACCUCACUGGUGAACUUCACUCUGUACAAGAGGAGAGGGACAAUCUUGUCUCUGCUCAAGCUGAGGACAACGAGAGACUCAAAGCAGAGGCUGUGAAGCUCCAGGAAGAACUUGAGAAAUCGCAGAAGGAUUUGGCUGAUGCGGAACUUGCCUCAGUUCAGCUAAACCAACAACACGCAGAGACAGCGGAGCAGCUUGCCAAGGUCCAGACAGAUCUGGAACACCUCUUGGAGGAAAACGGGAGCCUCCUCAAUGCCUUGGAGGAGGCAAAGCAGAAGUCAGUGCAGUUGGGUGAGGACCUGGAGUCACUUCGCUGUGAAAGAGAGGGGCAUCUGUCCGAGCUGAAGGCUGCGACUGAAGAGAGGAAUCAGCUCCAGGAAGCAAUUCACACCAAAGAUGCCGAGACUGUUCAGAACCUCCAGACAGAGCUGCAGACUCUCAAGGAAGAGAGAGAUCAACUUAAGAGAGACAUGGAGGAAAACGUCGAGCUGAUGAUCGAAAAUCAAGAAGAAUUGAGGGCAGCACUAGAGACAGAAAAAGCACAAAAGGACAAAAUACUUCAAUUGGAAGAGGAAAAAUCUCAACUGGAGUCCAGACUGUCGGCUGGAAUCGACAACGCCCUUGUCGAGGAUCUGCAAAUUCAGGUGAAGCAGCUGAAAGAGGACCUGCAGUCGGCUCGCACUGAACGAGACGAUGCUGCGUCUGAGAAACCGCUCGACUCCGAGUUGGAGAGGAUGCAGACCAGGAUCGGCUGUCUCACUGAAGAGAGAGACCAGCUACAGGAGAUACUGCAAGGGCUGAGGGAAGAGAAAAGCCAGCUCAUGAUGGAGCUGGAGGAGAAAGAUGAAAUGAUGCACGAUCUGAAAAAAGAGGCUGAAGACUCGACUCCGGAGAAUUCCCGGCUUAGAGCAGAACUGCAGGAAGUGACUGACAGGGUGGCUGAGCUUUCGGGAGCGCUCAGUGCCGUGGAAGACGAAAAGAGCGGUUUGCUUGUUGCUCAGUCCGCCUUGAAUGAAGAGCAAACAAGACUUAAGGAAGAACUGGAUAAGGCACAAGAGGAACUCGUCAGGAUGGAGAGCCAGAUGGUUGACUCCCAGCUGAAGGAAGCCGAAAUCAGUCAGCAGCACACGGAAGCUACCGAGCAACUCGCAAAGGCGCAGGCAGACCUCGAGCACUUCACUGUGGAGAAUAGCAAACUGCUGACGUCUUUGGAGGAAGCUGAGAAAAAAGCAGCGCAGUUGGACGAAGAACUCGGAUCUCUUCAACGUGAAAGAGAGCAGCUUCUAAGCGAGAAGACUGAGGGAGCAUGUGAUCAAGGAGAUCUAGAGACCCUUCGUGCCACAGUUGAGUCCGUGACCGAGGAGAGAAACCAGCUUCAGGGGAUUCUUCAGGGUCUGAGAGAAGAACACGGCCAGCUGAAGAGAGCUCUGGAGGAGAGCAAUGACAUGCUCAUACUGGAGAAGCCAAUGCAGAGUGAAAUCAAUUUACAACAAGAAGGCACAUGUGUACAAGAUGAACUUCAACGACAGUUACAAGAACAAUUAGCAACACUGACUGAAGAAAACCAGCAGCUGAAGAUGGAUGCUCAGGAAAAUGUGGAAAUGAUGAUUGAGACUCAAGCGGAAUUGCGGGCAACGCUGGCGGACAUAAAACGCCUAGAGAAGGACAAGUGUGAUUUGGAAAUGCAGAAGGCUCAGCUCGAGUCUAAACUCUCAGAGAAGGACAACAGUGAAGAGAGCAAACUUGUGGAGGAUCUGAAAACUCAGAUUAUCCAGCUUAACGAAGAGCUCAAAGCGGUCUACGAGGAAAAGCAGCGUCGUCUUUCUGAAAACACUCAUGACGAUCUAUAUACAGAAGAGCUGGAACAAAUGCGGGCAAACGUUAGUACUCUCACCGCGGAAAGAGACCAGCUACUAGAUGUAUUGCAGGGCCUGAGAGACGAGAAGAUCCAGAUUAAAAAUAUCCUAGAAGAGAAGGAUGAUAUGAUUACACAGCUGAGGCAGGAGCUUGAAUCUGCUGCUGCAGAGAGGACUAAGGACGCAGUGGAGGACGCUGCACUAGAGACGAUGCGUGCAAAUGUAUCUGCUCUUAGUGAAGAAAGGGAUCAACUGCUGGAGACCCUGCAAGGUGUGAGAGAGGAGAAGAACCAGAUGAAGAACCUUUUAGAAGAACAGGAAGACAUGAUUCCACAGCUGAGACAGGAGCUCGAGUCCGCUACAGCAGAGAGAGAUGAGCUACUGAAGGGGAGAUCUGAAAACACUAUGCAGGACGCUGCACUGGAGACAUGUCGUGCGAAUGUAGCUGCUCUUACUGAAGAGAGAGAUCAACUACAAGUGAUGCUGCAGGGCCUGAGAGAGGAGAAGGACCAGAUGAAGAAACUUCUAGAAGAGAAAGACGACCUGAUCUCACAGCUGAGACAGGAGCUUGAGUCCGCUACUUCCGAGAGAGACGAGCUUCUGUGCGUGAGAUCUAACGACACCGUGGAGGACGUCGCAUUGGAGAUGGUUCGUGCGAGUGUAAGCGCUCUUACUGAAGAGAGAACUCAACUGCUGGAGAUUCUGCAGGGCCUGAGAGAGGAGAAGGACCAGAUGAGAAAUGAGCUGGGCGAGACGAAUCACAAGAUGAUGCAGUUGAUGGACGAGCUCCAAACUACUACAGCCGAAAAGGACGACUUGCUGGCUGAGAAAUCCAAAGGUGACACGGAUAACAAAGCAGAACUGGAGAGACAUCAGGCCAGUAUCGCAACUCUGACUGGAGAGAGAGACCAGUUGAAGAUCGAGCUUGAGGAGACCAAUGAAACGGUGAUGCAAUUAAGGGAGAUGCUUCAGUCUGAAAGUGCGGAGAAAGAGCAUCUUCUGUCAGAGGUGACCGCAGUUCACGUGGCUGAGCUUGACCAGGUUCAGGCAUGUGUAGCCUCCAUGACUCAGGAGAGGGACCAGCUUCUGGAGCUGCUGGAGGGUCUAAGAGAGGAGAAGAUUCAGCUGAAGAAAGAUCUCGAGGAGAAGGAUAUAAUGGUGAUGCAGCUGGAGGAAGAUUUCCAGUGUGCUAACAACGAGAAGGAUCGCCUCAUGGCCGAGAACACCAAGUGCAACCUGGAGAGCGGAGAGGAGCUGGAGAGACUUCGAGCCAACAUCAUGUCUCUCACUGAGGAAAGAGACCAGCUUCUAGAAGUGCUGCAGGGGAUGAGGGAGGAGAGGAACCAGCUUAGAUCAGACCUGGAUGAGAAGGAGAACAUGAUCGAGCAGCUGAAGGAACUUCAGGACGAGAGAGAGCGCUUAUCGAGCAGCACUAACCCGAAUGAGGAUGGUGACAGUCUCCAGGAGCUACUUCAGGGAGUGAGAGAGCUCAUUCAGGUCCAAGGUGAGCUGAAGCAGCAGAAGCCGCUGAGUCCUAAAGCCACUCGGAGAGCUGAGUUUCAACAGGCCAAUCAAAUCAUGCAGGCUCUAAAGGAUGAAGUCGAGUAUUUAAGGAACGAGAGGACGUUACUCAGGAAGGAUCUUCAGGAGGCUGCUGAAACGUCAAAAGCCUAUCAGAACUUACUCCAGGCUACGAGGGAGGAGCUGAAGCAGCAGCAGAACACGGACUCGAUGGGCCAAAGUGCUGAGAGAGAGUCCGCGCUUCAGCAGCACAUGAUCCAGCUGAACACCGAUCUUUCAUAUUUGAGAGAACAGCUUUUGGCGAAGAAUGCCUCCAAGACUCAGAAUCUCAACACCGAGGUGCAGAAUCUUCUGACUCGCAUCGCGUCUCUCGAGGAAGAAAAAGCAAAACUCCAAGAGAUGCUCGAGUCAGCCAGAGAGGAUGGAGCGAACCUGAGACGUGAUCUUCAGGAGAGUGAACAAACGAAACUCAAGCUGGUGGAAGAGCUUGAAAGUCUUGGGGGCAUUAAAGAACAGUUACUUAAUGAGAAGAUGCAUGCUGAUCAGCUCCAGGAGGUUUUCCAAGGAGUCAGGGAAGAGAGGGACCAGCUCAGGAGGCAGCUGGAGGGGAAAAUGGAGGAGCUGACGCACAUUGAGGAGAAGGUUCAUGGGCUAGCAAAGGAGAAAAUGCAGCUCGAGUCUGAGGUCAUGUCUUUCAGCCAGUGCCAUAAUGAAGUGAGUGAACACACCAGUGCACCGUCUAAUGAGGGAAGGCUGAAGGUGAUUUCCGAGAUUGAAACCUGUAACGAAAAGCUUAAGGUUGCCUUCUUGAAGCUCCAAGCGAUUGUUGACCGUCCAAAAUCCAAAGAUCAUCUCGCAGAAGGCAGUAGCAAAGAAAAGACCUUGUUUUGUCAGCUGUUACCACUCGUUCCGACGUCCGAUAGAGCGGCGAUCGCUAGUCUGACUUCCAAAACGAAUCAUCUGGAUGAUCUGCUUAGGAAAAAUGAGGUGACCUUGCAAAGACUUGCCGCACUGCACAAGGCUCACUUCAUGAAACAAGUUCAGCGUGAUGUGGCGUCCUUCGAGGAAAGAAGGCUGCAUGACGUGCUUAUUCGCCGAAUUCAGGCUCCUUCACAACCCCUCCAGGUUCUCCCUGGUGACUUCCAAGAGAUUUGGGACCAGAGACUGUCGGAGCUGUUGGACAAACGCAGGCACUAUCUGCAGGACAUGAACAGCAUUUUGGACUUCCUGGAAGACGGUGUUGCCAAGCAUGCAGUGACGCUCUCGGAGGAGCUUCAGGCACGGACCCGGUCCAACGAACAGUGUAUGGCACUUGCUGGACCCGCUGACACAGCUGCUAUCGUUCAGUUCUUCGAGCGAGAGCUUGUUCGGCGUGCAGCUUUAACAGACCGCCAGAAAGCUUUCCGCAAAAACAUGUUGGAGAAAUAUAGCUCUGCAGUUUCUGCCCUAAAGCCCUUAGAGGAUGAGGCAGUUCACAGGCUGAAGGAGGAGAGGAGAGAGAGUCUAGCACUGCUGCCCUCUCAGACCAAUGAGAAGCCCAAAACUGAGGCUGACCUACUGCAAGACAAGCAUCGCCUCUCACUUCAGUUACAUCAGGCUCAAAAGCACUUGGAGGUGCUUCAAAAGCAAAUCGAGGAGUUGAAGGCGCAGGUGGACGUGUCGAACCAGAAACAUGCUGCUAAACUUGAGGAGCUGAGCUCGGCUUCAAAGGAGAAAGAGGAACUUAUCCAGAACCUGCAGAUGAAGCUGAAGGAAGCUGAGGCACUUGCAAAAGUGAAGAUGUCGCCAAGUGCUGCUGAAAUGGAGACUAUGAAGGAUAAACUGGUGAAGAUGGAACUCGACCACAUUGCUGUAACGACCGGUCAUGAAAAAGAGAUAGCACAGUUAAAGUCAGUGGUGGAGCACAGGGCUGAUGUUAUACGCAAGCUGAAGGAGACUCUCCGAAAAACCCAACAGCUGGAAGAGCAAUCAUUCAUGGAAGGUGAGGAACCUCAUCCUAAACCAGGCGCCCAGGUCAAGACUUCUACUUGUCACAGAGAGAAAAAGAUUGAAGAGCUGGAGAAAAAGACUGCACAAUUUGAAAGCCUGGUGAGCAAACAACAGGAAGAGAUCAUGAAAUGGAAGAACAGAGCGUACAAGCUGAGAGAAAGUAAGAAAGAAGCUCCUCAUUCCCCGCGGACACCGACCAAGCGACCUCCGCUGUUAGCGGCAACCGAAGUCAACUCCCCCAAGAAAGCCUUCAUCGACUCUCCAAAAAGCAAGUUCUUCGACAUUCGUGCCGGCACAGAGCCAGUGGCGCUCAACUGCCCAAGGCAGUUCUUUGAUAACUCCAGCCUUGGAGCCAUCCCAGCAGCUGAGCCAGCUAUGGAUGAUUUCUCAGAAAGUGAUGAUGACACCGGCCUCAGUGCAGCUGUCAGUUCUAGUGACACACACGCCGAUAGCUGGUUUCAUAUUCCAAACACUUCACCCAAGAAGUCCAACCUGAAUCUUGAUGCCAACGGCUGUCCGACGCAGUGAUUUUAGUUUUAUUUGUUUGUCUGUCUGUAAUUUUUGUAUGUGAGUCUGUGAUUUUUGUCUGUUAUUCAUUUAAAUAGUUUGCCCUUAACUUUGUGAUGUUGCACAUAUUUGAAAGAUUUUGUCCUAAUGGAAGUUUCUAGAAUUCAAUAACCCUGUUUUAAAGUUUUAAGAAACUCUAACUUUGUAUGCGGAUUCAGCAGCAUAUUUGUUGGAAUUGUUUUAAAGGUUCUUGAAAAAGCCCUUUUCUUUUAGAACACAAGACCAUGUAAUAAUUAAAUUACUUGUUCGAAAUAAAGUGUUUAUUUGCGUAA